AUGGCGACGCCGGCAUCGGGCUCCCAAUAUGACUAUCAACCUAAACAUCUUCACCCGGGACCUAUACAAGAUAAAAUGCUAUAUCGUCAAACAAAGCAUAGGUCCCAAGCUGUCUAUGAGAACAGGAUACCGGACAUUAAGACAUUCCGCCUCAAGGGCCGUAGGUGGGAAUGUAGGUACACGUACGGCGACGCCCCAAGGAGCAGCACUCCACCGUUUAGAGAUCAAUUAACAAGUCUGCGUGUUGAAGAUUUUCGGUGGCAACCAUAUGCACAUGUCCUCCAUAGACUCCCUGAUUUCUGUACACAAGGCCAAGCCAUUUGGACGACUAGGUGUUGGAUGUUCUGUUGGGCUAUUAGGGAACCCCACGAGUCGGGCAGAGUCGUAAGACAAUUUGGAUACAUACAGGAUGUUCCCAAGCGCCCCAUGAUUAAAGAUAACGCAGCAUUUCUUCUCGAUCACGCCCACAGUAUGUCUGGGUAUCCUAGCAAUAAUUGGGAGGAUCACCAUUCCGCAGUACGCCGUCAUUGGAAUAGGAGAGAAGAGUUCGUGCUACGAGAUUUGGAGGAAGGAGAUCCUGGUUCCGUAUAUGAGGGGUACUAUGAAUGGUUUAUGGUGAACACUGUCAGAUUGAUAUCCAAUCCCGGUAAUUAUGAACCUCAAGGAUACGAGACUUUUUCGAGCCGCGUGAAAUUAUAUGGUGAAGUAUUGAACAACAUUCGCGUGAGUACCGAGAGGUUUAGAGAAAAACGAGAAGAUGAUAAUCUCCUAGACGAAGAACUUGACAAGCAUUUGGACGAUAUCAUCAAUCAAACACAUGCUGCUUUAACCUUGGGCGCAAAUGAUGAGAUGGAGGUGGAUGAUACCCAAAUCCUGGUUGAUGAAGAUCCAUUUUUUCCCUCACAACCUCCGCCGGGUAAAAAAGCGAAACCGUGGUCAAGAGAUAAGAUUGGAGGAGGAAGAAAGAGAAAGGUCACAAUCCCUCCUCGGACAUCGCAACAACAAACUGAGGGUCAACAAAAUGAGGAUCAAGCACAUUCCUCUCGAGGCUCGCGCAUCCAGGUCGAGACUCAUUUUGAAGAAGCUGGUGGACCCGAGACUCAAUUUGACAUUGGUGGACCCGAGACUCAGUUUGACAUUGGUGGACCUGAGACUCAGUUUGGUGGACAGUCGCAACCACAACCGGGAGUCAAAUUUAUCACCAUGGGGGAGUCCCAAUCUCAACCCCAAAUCGAGGCUCAGUUUGGUGGACAGUCGCAACCACACCAAAGUUCAAUACUCACAUAUCUUAAGAGGGGAGACAGGAUCCGACAGGGCCCAAACAAAUACACUCCGGAUGCGCACAAUAAAGGAAAAGGGAAAAAAUGA